UAACUGACGAUUGAUUGAGAUAGCUGCUGGACUUAUUGCCUGGUCCGUUUAGACUUAUAUUGUUUAAAAGCUGUAAUUAUUAGUGAUGGAGGAUAUCAUCGAAAUUUAAUUUCCCCAUCCUAUGAUUAUUUAAAGAUUUUCAAAAGUGACCGUUAUAAAUAAACGAUUUUCAUUAGUGGUCGUUUCACAUAGUAUUUAUAUUUCAAAAGUGGCCGAUAUACAUAAAUACUGCAUAAUAUGUGAAUAUAUGUAUUUCCCAUUCAACUUCCUAAAGUAAAGUUACAUUUGUUGUUCAAUAAUAGUUUAAAUUAUUCAACAAAUUAUAAAGUCUACUAUAAAAAAUGGAAAGAAGUACUAUUGUAAGAGCAAAAUGCAUUGUAAUAGGAGAUUCGUGCGUUGGCAAGACUGCGCUGGUGCAAGCCUUCCUCGAGCCAGGGCAGUUCCCUAAAAAUUAUAACAUGACUCAAGGCGUUGAUGUGCAGACUAAGAAGAUUAAAGUUCCGGACAGCUCCACCACCGUCGAGCUCUUUCUCUACGACUGUGCUGGCAAAUCCUACUACAGAGACCUUGUUUUACGCUUGUGCCAUCAGACGUCGCUGGUGAUCGUAGUGUACGAUGUCUCUGAGGAGACGUCGUUUGCUAACGUGGUCAAAAUCUUCGAGGAGGUGAAGCAAGCGAGCGGGUCUAGCGUGGUCAAGGGAGUUCUGUACGGCAACAAGAGCGACCUCUUCAACCGCCGCGUCAUCUCUCCAAAAGCAGGACACGACCUGGCGCAGUCCCUGGGGCUGGUCUACUUCGAGGGCUCUGCAAAAGAAAAUAAGGACGUGGAUGAACCAUUUUACUUCAUGGUGAACGAGUGGUUCAAGACGUACACGGACAAAACUCACAGCAUGAGGACUGUUGGUUAGAGAAUGUCUUCUGAUCGGAAGCCGUUUUCAAAUGCUCUGGAGCAGCAAGCUCAGGCAAUGGGUGACCGAACCAUGCUAUUGUGUGUCGUAUAUUCAAAGAUCAGACGACACAUAAUGAUAAUAUUUAUCAUUGCUUUACUUGAAUCCGUCAAACGAACGAGCGGUUGCUGCAUGCAAGGAGUCUGUGAUCAGAUAUGGGUGCACCUCAACUUAAAUUGAAGUUCGAACUAAUGAGUCCAGAGGACAGAAGCUCAAAGAAAGUAUUUCAUAGACGAAAACUAUAAUAUAUAAUGUCGUCAAAAGUGCGGAGGUCUUAACCCCGUACAAUUUCGCUCAACAUGUUCCUGGCAAUUGAUCGCCACUGUUCACAGUUACUAAUACCAGCUACCGUGUAGAAGUGCCUUUUGAUACGUGGACCACGAAGAAUAACAUCAAUAAAAACCUACUUGAAUACAAUCGUUUUCACAGAACGAUUUAUAAUUUUACUAUGUUCGGUAAAUUAUUUUUCAAUAUCAAUAUACUAUUCAUUCAAAUUUAGCAUCUCUUUCAUUUCUUAACGAAAAUUUCAACGAAAUUUUUACCCGUUAAAAUGCUGCAUUCUCAAUUUGAACCAUGGUAGAUCCAACUGGUUGGGUUGAAGAAAAGUUUGAAGUUACAGUUUCGUAGGAAGUUAGAUUAGCGGCAAUAGUACUUGUCUACGCAACAUUUCUUGACAUUUAUGGUUCCUUCAUGUAUUUCGAACUUUUUUACUGCCUGUGAAGAGUUUUUUUGUUCUAAAGCAAUAAUUAUUUAUACAUUUCUAAAGAAACAAUUAGAAAUAUUUUCUGAAUUCUUUCUUGGUUUCUGAUUGUAUAAAGUAAGGCGAGUGCAUGGCCGGUCUUACACAUACGCAGAGCUGGGCAGCGCUACUUGGAAAUGUAGCGGCCGCUAC